CUUGAUACGCGCCGACUUGCUCAGUCGGUGAGCGACUGUUAUUGCAAAAGCACGUACCUAAAGUAACUGUUGCGAGUACACAACAAACUACUCUACAGGGAACUGGUAGCCAGUAGGUACUCAGCAUUGAAAAUAAAUGUUUUGAAGAAAGGGAACACCGUUAAGUUUUGAAGGACUGUUUCUGUGAGAUAAGCGAAAUGGCAGCCGAUAAACCUGCAGCAACGAACUACAUAGCUACAUUGCUAAAUGAUGCGGCAACUAUCCCGAUCGACGCAGAUGUAAACACGUACGAGAUUCACCACCCGCCCUGGUUUGACGAGAACAAGUUCAAGAGGGGGCAAAAGUUUUACCACGCAAAUCUGACCGGUGCCAUCAAUGGGGCGCUAACCGGCCUGAUAUCGAUUCUGGCGAUUCCUUCCAUUUUGGAUGUGCUCAUUUUUACCGGACAAUCCUCGACCCCGAUGACGGCCUUCAAGCGAUACGUGCUCACGAUUCUGCAUACCCUGAAUUGGUACAGCCAUGAUCUGAAACCGGGAACAGACUCAUGGAAAUCGUUGGCCUACGUGCGGCGAAUCCACGCCUCCAGUGGGAAGGCAGCCAACCGCAAGGAUCCCAAAAUGAUGGUCUCCCAGAAGGACAUGGCUAUUACUCAGUUCGGCUUUUUGGGCUUCGUGAUAUUGAACCCCCAAAAGCUGGGCAUCCAGUACGUUCGAGAAGACUUCGAGGGUUUCAUCCACUUCUGGCGCACCAUCGGAUACAUGUUGGGUAUCGAGGAUCGAUUCAAUUUAUGCACCGAUAACCUGGAAACAACCAGGCAACAAAUGCAGCUGGUAAACGAUCAACUUUUGCGUCCGGCUUUGCAGUCGCCCAGUCCGGAUUUCGUCUUCAUGACCAAAACCAUGAUCAAUGGACUGUGGGCAUUCAGCAGCUUCCUUGAGUAUGACGCCUACAUGUUUCUGACCCGGCGGAUUUGCAACGUCCCCGGCCACUAUUAUUGGGAUUCAGACGAGCGAGACGGAAGUCCAGCGGUGUACAAACAGCUCGGAUGGCACAGCCGCUUCAUGUUGGCAUUCCUGAUGACGGUCAACGAGGUACUGCUCUUCAUUGCCCCCUUCAGAUGGUGGUUCAAUUUUCAAACUGUGAUCAACACCAAGAUCGUCAAUCGAUACUUCCCGGUGCUGGCGAUGAUAAAGUAUGGCAUCAAAAAUGCUUACGUUAGGGUGUUUUACUAGGUUGGAAAAGGUUCUUAACACAUCAAGGACCACAAAAUUCGGUACUUUAUAUCUCAGAAACCACUGAACCAAAUUUUACAAACUAAGUAUGAGUUACUGUUUAAAUUUUUCGAAUAUAGUUUCCUUAUCAAAUUUAUUACAUUUGAGUUUUGCUUCUAAGUGCGGCGCACUCGUGUCGACGGAAAAAAACGAGAUUGUAUUUGGUCCGCAAUGUGUUGAGAAAAUCGUGAUGAAAACUAGAACAGCCAAAUAAACAAUUUUUUCAAACAAUUUUAAACACAUUUAAUUUUUGGAAGCAUAGAAAAAAAUUAUUAGGUUUUGUAAAUAUAUUUGUUUCAAAAAAAUGAAUCUUUCCAAAAUUUUGUGUGGAGGUCGAUGAUUUUUUUUGUAUAAUUUUAAUGCAUCAUGUACAACAUUCUUGAAGAAAAAUCUUUAAAAAAUACUCGGCUAUAAUUAGCUUAGAUCUCUCAUCAAAUUAAUAAAUCUAUGAUAUUAAAACCUUUUUUAUUCCGUGGUAAAAAAACACGAAUAUUCGAAUUCCAUAUUUUACUAAAUUUGUUAUGGGAAAGUUGGGUAUCAUGGGUCACUUUAUUUCUUCGCGUUAUAACUUUUUUAUUAUUGCAGAUAAAAUGAAAAAGAUAAAUGGUAUGAUUUUGUACAUUUCUUAAGUAUCAUUAGGCAAUUUUAUUUAUUUUAAUAAACUUAUUCCCCCAAGUUCUUGUUGAUUUAAAAAAAAGAUUUCUUUUUAUUUUGAAAAAUAGUCUGAAUUGUGGGCCACCAAAUCCAAAAUGACCAAACAACAUGCAAAGUUCAGAAGUUGACCUAAAACUGGCAAGG